AUGAAGGCAAGACAAUGUAAAAUGGUAUUCCUCACGCAGUAUUGUAACUCAGAUUACAGGUUAGAAAGAAUCCCGAAGCCAAAACAAAAUACUCAAGAAUCCGCCAAAUGUUCUAAAACGUUAUAUCAAUUCAUAAUCCAAAACCCACUCAAAUCAAGCAGUGGAAGCUCCAAAAACCGAAAGGGGAAACUCUUUCUCGAAGAAGACCUGAAACAAGAUUGUGAGACGAGAGAGAGGAGCAUUACAUGUCUUGCUGAAGGCAGUUCUGGCGUCGACAACGCUACUAUGAACGGUGGUUGCUCCUCCAUCCACCGCCACACUCUAUGUUCAUGUCUCGCUUUCUAUGAGAUUAACCCGUUUCUGUGUUUGGAAAUUUGCAAUCGAAGAUCACAUCAAUUGAUGGAGAUUGGAGAUCGGAAAAUCGACAUGGGAGAGAGGGAAAUCGUAAAGUCUUUGAGAAACCCUAAAAGUUGCUUGGAGGAGGAGGAUGGACAGCUAAAAGAUACUGGGGAAUAUGCGUCCCUUCGAUCGCCGGAGACGAUUGCAAUGGAGAACUGA